AUGCAGAAGCGCAAGACUCGUGACAACUCUAUUGACCCUAAAAUUUUCAAAUCUCUCGUGCUCAGCGUAAUACCGCAAAAGAAAGUUGAUAACGAAACGUUCGUCAAUGGUCUCCAAAAAGCCCGCGGCUUGCUCAGUUGUCUUGAACGAAGUUUUGAGAAAUCGUACCACUAUGAAGACAAGUUACUGAGAUGUAGAUCGGCGCAUAACCACUCGCAUGACUCCAAAGAUUGGUGCAGCAGUGAUAGAUCGUCUUUCGGAGAAUCUGGAUCCUAUUCUAAGAAAGAAGGCCUGCCCAACCGUAGGACGGGAGAGACCUUAAGUUUGCAAGUAGCCAGAAUAGGUGCCUACACCUACUUUGCGCACAAUUUUGCAACUCCGAUUGGCCUUAACCCUCUCAUUCUGAGGGGAGACUCGAGCUCAGCAGUGAGCCGAAUAUGUGUUGAUGACGACAGUAUUAGGCAAGUAGGCAGGUACCUAAUGCUGCUGAUUUUUUUUACAGUAAAGUCGAAAUCCUCCCAGACUAGAAGUACAACGAACGUAACAGAAUCUUGCUCCACAAUGAGCAUAACUUGCCUACAGUUUCAAUACGAGGAAUUAUUAAAACGUUAUCAAGCAUUGUUGAAAGCAUACGAUGAGCGCGGCUACUCGCUAAGUAACCAAGACGAUGCGUUCCAUACUCUGUACGAGCGUAUAAAAGAGACUUACGCGGAACUUGCUCACGUGAAUAAGUUCUUGAUAAUCAUUGGGGAAAAAUAUUUGAAUCUCAAAUACAAGAAAUUAACGCAGAAACUGUGGUACGAAGAAAGAAUAGAACGUUUGAAGUGCGCAGCGAGAUCCAUCUUCAUCACCGCAGAGAGAGCUCGUAGCGAUUUGGACAAACAACUCAGCCGGUGCUUGGCCAGCGAACAGGACACCGCCAUGGUGUUGCUACUUGAGAAAAUAUCGUUGACCUCGUCUUCGCCGUCGCAAAUAAUCGCGACGUUCCUAGUCCUUUGGACUCGCGCUGGCGCCGACAAAAUUGGGAGCGAUAGGCAGGACGAGUGGCAUAAAAUACGGCAGUGCGAAUAA